AUGUCAGAAUUAAACAUGAAAAGUGGAGCAUGGAAUGGCAGAUUCCCGAUGCAGCAGUUGAAGUUGGACAUGAGCGGGGACAAGGCGGAGAGGAAUGUGUGUACGAAGGAAGAGGACAUGGGCUGGUCGAAAAAGCACCUCCUUCUUCUGAAAUGUGCUACAGCAUUGAAGCACUUUCACAACCGGCAGAUUAUUCACAGCGAUGUAAAGGGCAACAAUUUUCUUGUAUAUGGAUCCCAUCAAGAGGACUGCCAGGUCAAACUUGCAGAUUUUGGGCUUGCGUCUGACGACACUUUCACAGGAAGAAUGACAGCGAGAUGGGGAGGGGGAACAAAUGUUUACAUUGCCCCUGAAGUUUACCUUGGCGAUGUCCCCGCGGUGCAGUUGGACAUCUUCGCAUUGGGCAUUGUUAUAUAUGAGGUCGUCACAGGCAAACAGGCGUACCAUGUUGAGGGCAAGCAGGUGAAUGAGCACUGUUUGAUGGAGAUGAAAACUCUGGGAAGGCGGGGGGAAACUGGUUUGAAACCUGCACCGUGGCCCCAAAGGACUGCCCCGAGGACACGUACGAUCUGA